AUCCUGCAAGGCCUUAUUAUUUGCAUUUCCAGCCGAUGUGAAGUAGUUGAGUUGUGUCUUGUGCGAGAGGGAGAGAGAUAGGCAUGGGGAGGAUUGUCUUGUGUUGAGAGAAGACGACCAGUCCAGCUGACCUCUGUUGUAGACUCUCAGGCUGACAUGGCAUCGCGUGGUCUUCGUCCAGCUAAGCGUCCCGCUGAACCUGCUAGAGGUGGAAAACCCAUUUCUCUAUCAGCCAAUCACUUCGCUGUGGAGUCUUUGCCCAGCGAUGAUAUUCAUCACUAUGAUGUCAACAUUUUACCUGAGCGCGUAUCGAAGGCUGCCUACAGCGAUAUUGUUCAAGCGUUGAUUGCCAGCAAUGACCCACGUCUUGGUGGCAUGAGGCCGGUAUUUGAUGGCAAAGCUAACAUGUAUUCCCGUCGUCGGUUUCCUUUUGAGAAAGAAAGGACAACGUUUGAGGUUUCCUUCAGUAGCGGCGGUGCUAGUCCAAGAACAUAUCAGGUAACUCUGAAAUGGGUUGCACUUGUCAGCUUAGAUAUUCUGAAGCGCUUCUUGGGAAUAGGCCCCGGUACAGAGCAAUCAAGGCGACAGCAAAUGGCUUUGGUUCAGACGGAGGAGAUCGCACCGGCCAUCCAAGCGCUGGAUACUAUUCUGCGCCAUGGACUGGCUAGCAGGUAUGUGCCGGUUGGCCGCUCUUACUUCUCCGUCGCCGAUGACAAGAUCAGGGAUCUGGGUGGUGGCAUGGCCGUUUGGCGUGGAUUUCAUGCUUCCAUGCGUCCCAGCAUGUGGAAGAUGCAGCUGAAUAUGGAUGUGUCCGCAACAGUGUUCCACAAAGAAAUGUCCGUCAUCGACUUUUUGAAGGAGGUGGUUUAUGACCGCAAGAUGAAAUUUUGUGAUGUAGAGAGUGGACGGUGGGAAGAUCGAGAUCGCAUGGUACUCAAGAAAGAGGUGAAAGGCUUGAAAGUAGCUGUAACGCAUACUGGCUAUCAGCGUACCCACCGUGUCACUGACUUGUCUCGCCAGCCACCAACAGCCAUCUUCUUCAAAAUGGAGAAAGAUGGGCGCCAGGUGGAAACAUCCGUCAGCGACUACUUAAAGCAGAUGUAUGGCAUACAGUUGAGAUAUCCACUCAUUCCAUGUCUGCAAGUUGGUGCCAAGGAGAAGGGGACAUUCAUCCCGAUGGAGCUGUGUACCAUUGCGAGCGGUCAGCGUGUGACGAAGAAGCUUCCGGACGCUGCAGUUGCUACCAUGAUCAAGGCCAUUACAGAGUCAGCUCCAGAGCGCAAAGCAGGAAUACAGUGAAUUCAAGCGUAUCUGUGACACCAAGAUCGGCAUCCCUAGCCAAGUUAUUCUCUCCCAGAAUAUCGUAAAGGCGAACGACAAGACGUGUGCCAACAUUGUACUGAAGCUGAACUCCAAGCUCGGUGGAGUCAACUUUGUCAUUGAGCCUAAGUUCAAGCACCCGUUCUUCAAAGAACCCAUUAUUGUUCUUGGUGCUGAUGUGACUCAUCCAGCCGUUUCGAACUUGAGCAGUCCAUCCAUAGCGGCUGUGGUGGGUAGUAUGGAUUCAUUCCCGAUGAAAUAUGGGACUCAAAUGCGCGUUCAGGAUCGCAGAAAGGAGAUAAUAACUGAAUUGCAAGGCAUGACGCGCACGUUGCUGAUGGAAUUCUACCGCAGCACCGGAAGACAGCCACUACGUAUCAUUAUGUAUCGUGACGGUGUCAGUGAGGGCCAAUUUCAAGCCUGUCUUGAAGAAGAGCUGCGAUCUAUUCGCAGAGCGUGUAUCUCUCUGGAUAAGGAUUAUCGGCCUGGCAUCACAUUCAUCACAGUCCAGAAACGCCAUCACACCCGUUUCUUCUGCAACAAUCCCAGGGAUGAGCAAGGCAAAGGUCGCAACAUACCAGCUGGUACGGUAGUAGAUCGCGGUGUGGCACACCCAACAGAACACGACUUUUUCUUAUGCAGCCACUAUGGCAUUCAGGGCACAAGUCGACCGGCUCACUACCGUGUGCUAUGGGAUGACAACAAGUUAUCUCAGGAUGCAGUACAGCUGCUGACCUAUCACCUGUGCCACACUUACGCCCGCUGUGCACGGAGCGUCAGCAUUCCAGCGCCAGCCUACUACGCUCAUCUGGUGGCAUUCCGAGCACGCCAUCUCAUCGAUCCUCUUGACCAGUCUGAUCUCGCGUCCAGAGUGUCAGCUGGCAGUGGACCACCGAGGACGAGUAUAGAGGAGCUGCAGCGUGCGCUUGAGAUGACCCCAGAGCACCUGAAGAGCAUGUACUUUGUCUAGCUCGGACUAGCAUGCCCGGUCCUUGCUUUCUCUCUCUCUCUCUCUCUCUCUCUCUCUCUCUCUCUCUCUCUCUCUCUCUCUCUCUCUCUCUCUCUCUAAGUAUCAUUUUAACCCUGUUGGGCGCAAGUAUGUCUUGCUGCGCGUCUUGUGCUUUUUUUCUCCCUUUAUGGAAUGUGUAUGUCUUGCUCUGGCCUAUGCCAUUUUUUGCUCCUUGCACUGCGUAUGUUGCACACGACUGCUCCAGGUCAGUCUAGUACACUUCCCGUGCCAUGGUUCUGCCUCGAGGGGCACGUCUUGUGUGUGUUUUUUGUUUCCUUCGUGGAAUGUUCUCCGCCAUGAUCUUCUUAUGCAUAGUAUGCGGCUGCAGCACACAUCCCAGUAUUCAUCAUCUAUCCCUGUUGCUGCGUCAAGGGCAUGCCGCAUGCUUGGGUUUGGUUUUCUUCAUAAUUCUGAAUGUGCUUCACCUUGAAUUUGUGAUCUAACCUCUCGUAGCACCACAGACCUGCAGCACCCCCCCCCCCCCCCGUAUGUUUUCUUUACUUUAUUCACGCAUCCAUCCAUCCAUCCAUGUACAAUGUACAAUGUAUCUACUGAGUUACUGAGUUACAUUGAAAAGUGAGUUCUAAGCCACAAAAGGUAUAACAGUCAUAUGCAGCUUUAGCUAAAUUACAAAGCGUUUUUUUUUACCAGCCGGCGGCCAGCAAGUCAUCACUAUGUUUCUGUGUUGCAUUGCAGUGCAUUACACGGUAUGCCUUUUGUUUGUUCCUGCUUGCCUCAGCAUUCUGAAGUUGUUUUUAUGAUCA